UCUUAACCUUUCUUACCCUGCCCCUAAUAGGCCACUUAAAGGUGUGAAAGGUAACAGACCCUAAGGGGUUUAAAGUUCCGCCCCACCCUGCGAAGGAGCCAAUGGAAGGCAAAGUGACUGUACAGCUCCUGGGGGCGGAGUCAACAGAGUGAAACUACAGGCACUGAGGUUCCUAGGGACAGAGCCAAUGAGAAGACAGGACCCGCAGACAGGCUAGUAGAGCAGCCAAUGGAAGGAAAGGUUUAUUUCGCUUCCGGGGCCGGGGCCGGGGGCGCUCCAAAUCGACAGUGGCUCCGCCGCUGUCAUGGCGGCUGCGCUCGCCUUGGCAGCCCUUCGAGUGACGCGACGUGCGACGGGGGCUGCCGCGCGGCUGCAGGUGAGGAGGGGCUGUGAGGUCCGAGAAGCUUCAGGGGUCCCUGGUGGGGAAGAGGUAUUCAAAGCCCAGCAAGCAGCCCCUGGAGGAGCGGCCCCUACCAUCUUCUCCCGGAUCAUUGACAAAAGCAUUCCUGCUGACAUCCUUUAUGAGGACCAACAGCUCCUGGGCCACCUACUACUUGUGGCUGCACAGACAGCAAAAGCCGAGGGUCUAGGAGAUGGAUACCGAUUAGUGAUCAACGAUGGGAAGCUGGGAGCCCAAACUGUGUAUCACCUGCAUCUGCACAUACUCGGGGGCCGGCAACUUCAGUGGCCACCAGGCUGACCCUGAACAGGAUGAGGGGUUGUGGGAAUCUGUGAUUGUUAAUAAACCUGUUGAACUUUGA